CAAAAAUGUACUUCCACUCAGAAUCAUUCUUUUGAUUUUAUUCACUUAAUAAAUUAGCUUCUUAGUAUAUAAAGAUCAGAUUAUUUCUCCUUCCCUACAUCAUCUUCCUCUGAAGCUUGUUUUCAUCAAGUGGUAUAGACAAAACACAUCAAGAUGUUCAAAUGCUCCGGUGGCUCGGAAUUCAAGUCAAAUAGGCUGGAAAACAUUGAGGAAGACAAUGAUGCAAGUUGGCUGCCAGCAAUGUGCCCCCCUCCGGAAACUCCAACAGAGUCCAUGGAGUUCUUGGCUAGAUCAUGGAGUCUGUCUGCAAAGGAACUGUCGAAUGCUCUUUGCCAUGUCCAAGUCGUGAAGCCAUCUUCAUGCUCUCCGGGCGGUUCUGCUCGAGCUGACAAUGGAAGCUCUUUGCUCCCCCUGCAGGAACCUAAUCAACCAUUACCAGCUUCGGAGAGUCCUCCAUUAUCUCCAAGAGGAAGCGAUGAGACAAAGGAAUUGCUUCAACUGCAUCAAGCUUUCAACCAGGAGCUUCUUUCUAAUCAACAGUUGAUAAGAAAUGGGCUCUACUGGAGCAUUAUCAGGAGCAAGAAAGUAGGUAGAUGUUUAAAAGAUCAAAAAGAGCGGAAAAGGCAGGAGAAUAGAGCUCACAAUGCUCAAUUGCACGCAGCAAUAUCUGUGGCAGGGGUUGCAGCUGCAGUGGCUGCCCUUGCAGCCUCAUCAAUGACCUCUCCAGAAAAAGUAGCCGCCCAAACUAAGAAACCUACUGGAAUUGCAUCUGCAGCUGCACUUGUUGCAUCUCACUGCAUAGAAGUUGCAGAAGAUAUGGGAGCUGAUCAUGAACAAAUCCUAUCAGUCGUGAAUUCAGCAAUCAGUGCAAGGACUAAUGGCGAUAUAAUGACACUUACUGCUGGAGCUGCUACAGCAUUAAGAGGUGCUGCCACUCUAAGAGCAAGAUUACAUAAGGUGCAUGGACCUGCAAUUGCGCUGAAUGACGAAAAUGUUCAAAUCAGCACAGAAUCAAAUACCUUAGCAGCAUUAGAUUUUGUUACAAGAGGGGAAGAAAUUCUUAAAUGCACAAGGAAAGGAGAUCUCCACUGGAAGCUAGUCUCAUUCAACAUAAAUUCAAAUUUACAGGUUGUGGCUAAAAUGAAAAGCAAGUACAUGGGAGGAACAUUCACUAAGAAAAAGAAAUGCAUAGUCUCUGAUGUAUAUUGUGACAUCCCAGCAUGGCCUGGACGUGAGACGGAGAAUAACAAGCAAAUGGCCUAUUUUGCAAUACGAACUGCUGAUAGGAUAAUUGAGUUUGAAUGCAGAAACAAAGGGGACAAACAGAUGUGGGUCGAAGGGAUCCAACAUAUGUUGCAUUUGAGUGUGCGAAUGACAUGAUUUUGAGUUAGAGAAGAUCAAUAAUUGGCAUA